AUGAAGCACCCCGGGCAGAAGCUGGAGAGGGUGAAGGAGGAGCCAGACGAGCACCUGUGUCUCUCCGAUUUCAACAUUGUGUUUGUGAAGACAGAAAAGGAAGAAGAAGAAGAAGCAAAGAGCCCUCCUAUAAUAAGUCCUGGGUCUAGUCUAAAACAGGGUCAGGACCAGGGGAUAUCUAAGACUUCCCAGAAGAAAGAGGAGUCAGAGGAACAGAGUCAUGAGCUACAGCACGACACACCGUUUGUUGCGCACUUGAACAUAGUGUAUGUGAAGGAAGAGGAGACGGAGGGAGACGAAGCAGAGACCAGAGACACAACGGGCCUGGAGACGGGCCUGGAGACGGGCCUGGAGACGGACCUGGAGACGGGCCUGGAGACGGGCCUGGAGACGGACCUGGAGACGGGCCUGGAGACGGGCCUGGAGACGGGCCUGGAGACGGGCCUGGAGACGGACCUGGAGACGGGCCUGGAGACGGGCCUGGAGACGGGCCUGGAGACGGGCCUGGAGACGGGCCUGGAGACGGACCUGGAGACGGGCCUGGAGACGGGCCUGGAGACGGGCCUGGAGACGGGCCUGGAGACGGGCCUGGAGACGGGUCUGGAGACGGGUCUGGAGACGGGCCUGGAGACGGGUCUGGAGACGGGUCUGGAGACGGGUCUGGAGACGGGUCUGGAGACGGGCCUGGAGACGGGUCUGGAGACGGGUCUGGGGACGGGUCUGGAGCAGGAGACAGACAACACAGCUGCCACUUCUGUGAUGAGCACUUCCCUCACGCAAAGAGACUGA